AUGGCCGAGUCACCCUCCGAGUCAACCUCCGACUCGCCUACCACCACAUCCUCCACGCCCGCUGAAUCCGCCACCCUCGCUAUUUCAAGCCCACGAGCCCACCAUGCCUACCCCGAGAUCCCAAUCGAGAUCGUCAGCGAAGAAGAAAUGGCUAUCAUCGACGCAGCGCUUGCAGCCACGCGCUCCAUCCUCCCUUCCGCGAUCCGCUCGGCUGCUUCUCCGUCGCGGAUCAUCGCCGGCGGAAGCACCAAGACUGUCCGUUCAGUAACCAUGUUCUCCAAGAGGAAAUUAUCUGCUUGUUCCGAUAUCGAAGACUCUUUUUUGCAUCGGUUUAGAAGAAAUCAAGCUUUGGGUGUUACAGAUCUCACUGGCACAGAAUGGUGUGAGAAACAAAUGGAGAAUCUUCUCUGUUUUGGGAGAAGAAAAGUCACCAAAGCUAUGAAACUUGGCCAGGCUCGUCAUUUGGAGCUUGAAGAAGAGGUAGUUAGAAAGGUGAGAGUAAGAGUUGAAUCAAAUGAAGAUAAGUGGGCCUUGAAGCUGUUGAGUUCCAUUGCAGGCGUUAAUCAGUUCUUGUUUGAAGGACGAACCCGUGAAUUGCUACUCUUAGGAUUUUUUGGAGAUCAAUGGAUUGUGGGAAUCAUUGAUGAGGUUAAAAGGGCAUCUGAGGAAGACAACAAACCGUUAUUAUCAGACACAAAGACUCGAGUCCGUGACACACUCCCAGCUGAGCCACAGAGAAGGAACGGAAGACUACAAGUAAUGCUUUACAAGCUUCUGUGGGACACUGUUGUGACACAAGAGUUCCCAUCAGGACGCUUUUUCGACUACUUCUCGUACGAAUUCCAGAAAGACCAAUCUAUAAUAGCUGAGAUAAGGUUCCAACAUGAUCAUGAGUGGGUGAUGAGCAAAUAUAAAGAAGUUAUUGAGUUUUGGAGAAGAGAGAGAGAAGCUGAGUACACUCCUGAAGAAGAACGUUGGAAAUGCCGGUUUUGCCAAUUUGCUAAAUCUUGCCCUGGAAACCCGAGUUUCGAAUCUCCAGCCUCGAGCUCACCACCAAGAGAGACUCGUCCGUUAGCAAGCUAA